CGCGUGUGGUUCACGCACGAGUUGCUCCCAGCGAAGGCGGAGUGCUGUGGCGACAGGAGGCGUCAUGUUGGGCUUCUUGCUGAGUGCGCUGCGCUGGGUGGCGUCGGUUAUCUUCAGCCCGACGACGCUGGGUCUGUUCGCUCUGCUGUUGACUGCCGCGUACCUCUACCUGUCCAGACACAAGAACUACUGGAAGGACCGCGGCGUCGCCCACCUUCCGUACCGAUUUCCGUUCGGCCGCAUAGGCUUUGAGAUCUUCACGGCGUCGUUCGCGGAAGAUGUGAAGAAGCUGCACGAGAAGACAAAGCAGGCAGGGGGGUAUCUCCCGAUGCUCGAUGUGUUUGACCCCGCUUUGUCGGUAUCUGAUUUGGAGCUGAUAAAAGCUAUUUUGGUGAAAGACUUCGAUCACUUCACCACCAGGGAACCGAGUUCUUUCAUGUCAAAGUAUGGCAUCUUCUCCAAGAUGAUGACUACUCUAUCUGGCCAGGACUGGAAAGAUGUGAGAAAUAUCUCCACGCCCGCCUUUUCAACAGGCAAGAUACGGCAAAUGUGCCAGCCUUGCGAAGAACAGGCCGAGCUUCUAGCUGAACAACUGUACAAAGAAUCGAAGGAUAUUGACGAAAUCGACGUGAAGGCGAUCAUGGCACGGUACACAAUGGAUAGCAUCGUCUCCGUAGCGUUUGGACUGGACGCCGACUCGAUUCGAAAUCCUGACUCUGUCAUCGCGACGAAGGCGGCCCAGUUGGGCAAUCUAAAGUCGGCGGGUCGGUUUGUGUUGUUCUUCCUAGUGAUCGCCUUGCCGGAAUUCAUCAGCAGACAUUUUAACCUUGACAAAAUUGUGGGAAACGAAGGGACGGAGUAUUUCUACGGCAUGGCCAAGCAGUCUAUGCGCCAGCGGCUGGAGCACCCGGAGCAGCGGCGCGGCGACUACCUGCAGAUGCUGCUCGACACGCGGCAGGAAGAGGGCCAACGGCGCCGCCUAACUGAUGACGAGAUCAUCGCCCAGUGUCUGCUCUUCUACUUCGCCGGAUACGACACCACGUCCAACGCGCUCGCCUGGACUGCACGACUGCUGGCCUUCAAUCCGCGCCAACAGGAGCGCCUGCAGGCCGAGAUCGACAGCAAGCUGACGUCUGAGGAGGACUGCAUCACCUUCGACAUGGUCAACAGCAUGCCGUUCCUGGCCAACGUGCUGUCCGAGUCCCUGCGGCUCUACCCGGCCAUGCAGCUCUCGCGCUGCUGCACGAAGCCUUACCGUGUUCCCGGCACAGACAUCGUCCUGCCUGAGAACUCCAUGGUCUACAUGAGCCCUUACGGCAUCCAGCGCGACCCCGACCUGUACCCGGACCCGGACGCGUUCGACCCCGACCGCUUCUUGCCCGAGGCCAAGGCGGACCGGCACGCGUACGCGUGGCUGCCGUUCGGCCAGGGGCCGCGCAACUGCAUCGGCAUGCGUUUCGCGCUGCUGCAGGCCAAGCUGGCGCUGGUGGCGAUCCUGCGGCGCUACUCGUUCGUUCCCGGAGCCAAGUCGGGCGAUGUCGUGCCGGAGAUAGAUGCCGCACCCGGUCAGCUCAAGGAGAAGGGCGGGACCUGGCUGAAGGUGGUGAAGCGUGGGUAGAAGGCCUGUGACUUCCGGACCGCCAAUCCUCAGUGGAAGUGCGGUGGGCGUGGUGUCUGGAUGCAUGUUCGCGGGGCAAGUUACUCGUCAGCUGUUAAGUGGUGUUGCUGUCGAUUGGCGCGGCUUGCCAAAACUGCGUGUCGGUGCUUGUACCGGUGAUUUCCUCCGUUGAUCUGUUACGAGUGAUUCCGCGUUCCCAAUGUUUCAAGCUGACUGGCCCGGCCCGGUCCACCCCGAACGUUUUUAAAAUAUUUAUAUUUUUGUCGAUCGGUGAUCACAAGUUGAUGCGAACAUCUGCCACAUGCGGCACAUUCCUGGGAAGAGGUGCUCUUUUUUAAAGGAUUGUUCUGCGCUUGAAAACAUUGAAGCGAGCAUCAGAUAUGAUGAAAUAAGCUUUCUUAUAGCUGUUAGUGUACCCCAAGAGGAAAAACUCCUCUAUACAGCACAGUUUAUCUAUUUAGUAGAUAUGCUCCUUGAUAUGCUAUUGUUUGAUUGCGUCGUCGUACUACACACAACAUUGACUGGGAGCCAAUGGACGGCCGUUAUGUCUGAAAUCGUGGUCACGAACGCCACGGCUCGACAAUUGUAUUUGUCUUGGCUUCGAUCGCCGCAUGGUCAAUGAUGGCAAGAUUUGAAUGACGCUAUUAUGUCGUCUUGGAUGUAUGGUUGACCUUGAAUUAGUCUGCAUGAAAUAGGCUGCAAACCUUCGCGAGCGUGCCGCUCAGAACCUACAGGGUUUAGGCCUGGGAAAGGGCAGUGCUGUGAUUUGCACCAAAUGAUACUCAAUAUGGCUGUUUCAGUGCAAACUUUCAUACUAAUGGGGAAUACUCCCUUUAAUGCAUCUCCAUACGCGCUAUGCGACCAGAUGUACUUUUAUGCUUCGCACCGCAAUGUGGACCAAAUGUUGCUCGCCUUCCCUAUUCGAUUGACAUGAAAUAAA